CCUGUGACUUAUUAAGGACCUUAUGACCCAGCUUUGUUUGUGAUUGCUUGUUUUACCACGCUUGAAUCAGAUCGAAUGAGAACAUGUCAGUCCCUGUGAGCGCCCUUUUUGUUAUUGACAUCCAGAAAGAUCUGGCAUCCGAUGACAAGACCGAAAUUCCUCACGCUGAGCGAAUACGCGAUGCCGGAGAACAAAUACUUGAGGUUGCAAGAGGUAUCGCUGCCGAUCCGAAACCCAUCAUAGUUUUUGUUCAGCAUGAAGAAUCGCCUGAGAGUGGUCCUCUUGUAAAGGGUAGCAAACCAUGGGAGUUGGUCUUCGAAAACGACCCAAACAAUACAAGAGAAUUACUCGUGUCAAAGAAUCAACGAGACACGUUCAAGUCAAAUCCAGAUUUAGCUGGUCUCCUCAGGUCGAAGGGCAUUCAACACAUUGUUGCGUUUGGCAUACAGAGCGAGUGCUGUGUGCUGGAAACUUGCAAGGGCGCUCUGGAAGCUGGUUUUCGAGUCACGCUCCUUCAAGGUGCUCACUCUACUUACGACACAAAGAACAAACAAGCCGUUCAAAUUGAGGAAGAUGUUGAAAAUGAACUCAAGGUUCUCGGUGCUUCAGUUACUCCAUGGCAAACUGCUAUCGGUCAGUGGGCCAACACUGGAGUCUUAGGCUGAGAUUGCAUAAUACAUCAAAAGAGUGUUAUUUCUAUGAUAGCUGUCAACUGUUCGUAUGCUGCAGUUGCCAGUACGGAAUGGCUUGUACUGAAAGAUGGUUUCGGUCGUAGCAACAAUGUGAAGUGCUGAUCCAUGCUAUUUUUGCAGCCCUUUCAGAUUGCGACAUGGCGAGAAGGAGUGUGUUGAAGUGGCAUUUACAGCCCGAGUCCAGUUAUGUUGCGGUGCCAUGAAUGAAUUCGAGGAUCGUUAUCUGUCAUCCCGAGGGAAGUUCGCACAAAAAGAAAAGCCAUAUCCAGUGAACAUCGUGAGCCAUGGUGCUCAUACUGGCUGUGUCUAAACACACUUGCUAGCCGUUUCGACCAUGGCAUUCGAGGAGUAAAAGCUUGUUUGCUCGUGUUGCCAUAUUCUCAGCGCCGUGAUUAAUGCCAUGAGCCGCCAUCGCUCUUUGGGACAGUAUUGAGCUUCAACGUCGACGAACAUCAUCCUGAAAGGUUUGGUAAGGCUCAUUAACCGCUUGAACGAUGUGAUAGCAACAGCUUUGUCUGAAGCUACGCUACUGCAAAUUGCGGCUGGAGGCUGAAGUCGAAAGAGUUUGUACUCAUGAGCAUAAUUCUUAUCGAGUAUCUCGUCUUUAGCUGUCAUGCGCCACUCAAAGUGCUCCUGGUGAAAAUCGCCGUUGGUGUCCUCCUGUUUGCCCUUGGUGUCGGCUGUGGAGAUGCGCUCUGUGAAGAUUGAGAAGGGAAAGGUGACAGUACGGCCAUCUUCCAACAGCCGAGCUGACAUGUCUUCCAUAGCAACCGUAGAGUCUCCAGUCUUGACAAUAUUCUCCUGACUCAAUACGGGAGAGAGAUUGAUGAGGCUCUUGAAUUGAAGGGCCGUACUGUUGGACUUGUACGGUUCUCCAGCCGCUG